AUGUAAAAUGUGAAAUAAAUGAGGGAAAAGUAUGAAAAUAUCAAACAAAACAAUCCGAAUAGAAAUGUUAGUGCUAGAUCAUAUCAUAGUCAAACACCUUCCAAAGAGCAAUACCAAAUCGCUUUUUCAAACAGUUAAAAAUCAACUUAGAAUCCCAUAAUAUAGAUUGGGAAAACAUUAUUAUGUAGUCCUUGCUAUAAUAAAAGAUUAUUAAAUAAAAAGCAAUUGAAUAAAAAGUAAGAAUCUGAAUUGGAGAAAAGGUUGCUAAUGAAUUAAUUAGAAUAAAAUUAAUUACUUGAAUAACAAAAGAUUAAUUUUGAAGUUGGAUAAUUAUCAUAUCGAAAGUAAUUGGAGCAACAAAAUCGCGUUAUUUCAAAAUAAUUAUAGGAUUAACAAAAAGAAAAGGAAAGAUAAAUUAAAGAAUAAGAAAUAUUACAAUAAAACUUAAUUAUAAAAUAGAAUUAGGAAAUUUUAUAGAAAGAAAAAGAUGAGAGAAAAAAGAAAUAAAAUAGUUUGCAUUAAGAACUUGCAAGUCAACUUGAAUAGCAAAAAAGAUUAAAGAAAUUAGAUCAAUUGUCUUAAUCUGUGCAAUUUGACGAUCCUUAUUGGAGAUAUCAAGCAUAAGAGGAGAAGGAAUUAUAAAGAAGAAAACAUUGCCAAUUGAUUGUGAAUAAUAACAACUGGUAAAAUCAUGAAAAAGAAUAACUUAAAAAAUAAUAGUAAGAAAGAGCAAUAAAAAAUAAAGAAAUUGAUUAAAGGAUUAAGACCCUAUAAGAGUAUCAUAAUCAAUUGGAAUAGGAGAAAAUAGAAAAAUAAUAAAUAUAGCAAUAACUCAUAUUAGAUUUAAAUGCUUAAGUAAAACUUAAAAAAACAAAAGAAGAAGCCAUUAAAUUAAUAGAGUUAUAAAAGCAGCGUAAAAGAGACGAAGAAAUUAUUGAAUAAGAAAAAUAAAGACACUGCCAAGAAUUGUGUAACAAAAAGAAAAUAAACCAAGAAAUUAUUGAAGGCCUCAAUAAGUAAGUUGAAAUGCAAAAAUAAUAAAAUAUUAAAUAACAACAAGAACCAGUUAAAACUGAUUUUUACUUAUUCAAACCAACUGUAGAAAAGUAAACCAUAUCUUGUGCUGAUUGCAAGAAAUAGUAGGUUCCAUAAUAAUUAAGCUAUGCUUGA